GAGCUGGGCGGGCCCGGCGGAGACGGACCCGGCGGGGAGAUGGACCCGCUGAAGAUGGACCCGCUGAAGAUGGACCCUCUGAAGAUGGACCCGCUGAAGAUGGACCCUCUGAAGAUGGACCCGCUGAAGAUGGACCCGCUGAAGAUGGACCCGCUGAAGAUGGACCCGCUGAAUAUGGACCCGGCGGCGGAGACGGACCUGACGGGGGAGACGGACCCGCUGAAGAUGGACCUGCUGAAGAUGGACCUGCUGAAUAUGGACCCGGCGGGAGAGACGGACCCGGCGGGGGAGAUGGACCCGGCGGUGGCGGCCGAGGCGCUGCGGCUGCUGCGGAUCGAGCCCUCGGCCGCGGGGCCGCGCUCGGGGUGUGCGGAGGGGCCGCUCUCGAGGAACGCGCUGCGGAAGCGCCGGCGCUGGGAGCGGGUCGUGGCCGCCCGGCGCGGGAAGCGGCGGCAGGAGCGGCAGCGCCGGCGGGCCCGGCGGGCCCCGGGGCGCGGGGACGGGACGGGGACGGCGCUCGGCAGCGGCCCCGCCGGGUCCGAGCAGCCCCUGCUCCCUCGCGGGAGGGCCGCGGCCGCCCUGGCCCGGGAGCGGCUGCUGCAGGCGCGGGCGGCGGGGCCGCGGCUCUGCCUGGACCUCGGCGUGGCCGGCGGCAUGAGCGAGAAGGAGAGCGGCCGCCUCGCCUCGCAGAUCCGCCGGCUGUACGGGACGAACCGCCGCGCCAGCCGCCCCUUCUGGCUGUGCCUGACCGAGUUCGCGGCCGGGACGCCGAUCUACGAGCAGUGCCUGCGCAUGAACGACGGCUUCGAACGGUACCUGAUGGAUACAACUCCAGAGAGUUACCUGGACCUAUUUCCUUUGGAUGCCAUUGUUUAUCUCACUCCUGACUCUGAGAAUGUCCUUGAAGACAUCAGUCCGGAUAAGGUGUACGUGCUGGGAGGGCUGGUGGACGAGAGCAUUCACAAGCAGCUGACCCUGCAGAGGGCACGGGAGCAGUCCCUGCAGACAGCCCGACUCCCUAUCCGCGAGUACAUGGUGAAAGCCCCCAACUCCAGGAACUACCACUCAGAGACACUGGCCAUCAACCAGGUCUUCGACAUCCUGUGCACCUACUACGAGACGCGGAACUGGCCAGUGGCCCUGAAGGCUGGAGUCUCUUCUGGAAAAGGCUACGUGCUACGGGAGGCAGCACAACCGGUGGAAACACCCCAGCACACUGCCACCCUUGGAAACUCUUUAUUUUGUGGUGAAGAGCUGCACAGGCAGGAGGCACCGGCGUGACUGGGCACAGGGAGCACAGUCACUUGUCAGAGCAAGGGACCUUGUCAGAGCAACACCUUCUACCUCAGCAGUGCCACGCUGGACAAUCCCCAUCACCCUGGGCAGGAAACAAGAGCUGGUGGAGCCUGGGAUCAAGUGAAAACUGAAUUCAGUUUUGCUUCUUUGCAGCUGUUUGUUUGUGACUCCUGCACCUACACUUGUUCUGGGACAGGGAGGAGAACUUUGAGGUGUUUCCUUCAUUGUAGUUAAACAGUGAGUAAUGUGAAGUUAGGAUUGCAAAGCUUAUGGGCGGGGAAAAUCCCUUGCCAUGGGACAGGAGAGUGCUGCUCCCACAGGAGAAUGUGGGAUGGGAGGCAAGGGCACCAUGUCCCAACAACUUAAAUCCAGUUGAAGACUUGGUGAGUUGUUGAAGCCUGUAGCUAGUCCUAUGCAUCUAAUCUAAAAUAAAACGUUUAGAUCCCCA